CGGGCGUUCCCUCAACAUAAAAUGUACUCGGUGAUCACGCGGUCGGCUCACGCGCACACUCUCGAAACGAGUCAACGACCUUUGUCUGUUGAAGGUCACACCCAUCCCCCUCUGCCAGUGUAUUUUAACAUAGCUGCGGAGUUCGAUCGGGUAUGACGCCGAAGUAUCGCGAGAGUAAUUCCAACGAUGAAUUGGUGCUUCGAAUCUCGCGGUGUUUCACAAUUCAAUCGCUUGGCGCUGCGCACGAUCUUGGCUAUGAAGUGGAACCCCUUCCGCCAGUGUAAACUUUAACCUCUCAGCAACUUCCUUGUUUUAUAGAAAGACAAAAUGGCAGCCUCCUUACAACGCAUUGGAAUAGUAUGCAGUCGCAUAUUUCCAGGUAUUUUGCAAAGAAAUCUUCAAACACAGAGAAUUCGUGAUUGGAAAUUAACCCCCAUUGCUUCAGUGCAUCGGGUGACUCUUCGUGCUUCAUCUUCAUCAUCAUCAUCAGCAGAUGGCACUGAAUCCCCUCAGACGGUGUCUAGAUAUGCAGACAGUCCAUGGGAGUACUUAAAAAGUGAAGAGUACAUUGAGCGAUAUGGAUCCAAACCUGUCUGGUCUGACUACAGAAGGAACCACAAGGGAGGAAUUCCUCCUCAGAAGACAAGGAAGACAUGUAUUAGAGGAGAUGAGAUUUGUGGGAAUCCUUGUCCCAUAUGCCGGGAUCCAAAUGUCAUUAUCCAUCACAAGAAUGUGAACCUGCUGCAGCAGUUUAUUUGUCCUUACACAGGAAUUGUGUACGAUCCCACUCGAACAGGGGUGUGCAUGAAACAACAGAAACUACUCAACCAGGCCGUUGAUACUGCUAGAGAUCAUGGCUUACUUCCGCUUCAGUUGCCUCAUGUGGACUACUCAAAAGAGGACUACUCAAACACGCAUGGUGCUGUAGGACAGACACCUGCCCCAUCUUCCCUCACCUCCGGAGAACUGUGGUAUCCAUGGUACGGUCAUGUUGAACCAGAUGAACGAGAACUGGCAAGAGUGAAGAGGAUCUACAAAGCCUACCUAAAAUAAUAUUGAAUAACCAAGGACAUGCGUUACAUUUUGCCAUAAGAUUCAGUCUGAAAUAAAACCUUCAGAAUAACCUGGACAUUGUUG